GAGAGAGAGAGAGAGAGAGGAGGAGGAGGAAGAAGAAGAUGGGGAUGAAGCUAUACGGGACGCCGCUGUCUACGAACGCAACGAGGGUGAGAUCUCUGCUCAACGAAAAGGGAAUAGACUUCGAGCUCGUCCCCGUGAAUCUCCGUGCCGGUGAUCACAAGCGACCCCCUUUCCUAGCCCUCAACCCAUUCGGUCAGGUUCCAGUUCUGCAGGAUGGAGAUAUAAUCCUCUUCGAAUCGCGGGCCAUAAACCGGUACAUCGCGAGCAGAUACAAGGAGACCGGACCGGACCUGCUUCGGUCGGCGGCGGGACCGGCGGAGACGGCGGCGGUGGAGGUGUGGUUGGCGGUGGAGUCGCAGCAGUUCGGGCCGCCCAUCGAGGAGCUGGUGUUCGAGGUGCUGAUCAAGCCGCUGAUCGGGGAGACCACCGAUCAGACGGCGGUGGAGCGGGAAGCGGAGAGGCUGGGGAGGGUUCUUGACGUGUACGAGGAGCGGCUCUCAAAGAAUAAAUAUCUGGCGGGCGGUGAGUUUACUUUGGCGGACCUGAACCACAUGACCUACACCUAUUUUCUCCUGAGGACACCCCAGGCGGAUCUGGUCACCUCCCGGUCGCACGUGCUGGCCUGGUGGGAGGAUAUCUCGUCGAGGCCCGCCUGGAAGAAGACCGCCGAGAUCAUCCCCGUAUAGGAGCGACAAAUGAAAUCCUGACCGUAUAGUAUUUCCAAUGGUUAGUGGUAGAAUGAAAUAGUUUGGAUGUUGCGAAAUGAGUUUGUAUGAUGAACUAAGUUAUGUAAUCAAUAAAAGAACAACAACCGCCUCUUUUGCACCA